CGCAGCGCAGCUCCUCUCUGUAUAAGAAGUGUUGAACGUACAACAAGGGAUUUUACACAGCUACUCAGGAGAAACGAAAUGAUCUGCCCUGGAGCCGCAGCAAAAUGCUGGAUGGACACCUACUCCUGGGAUGGUUAUCGUUCACAGUUAUAGUGUAUCUUCUCAACUUGCCGGGACCCUCUUCAGCCUAUUUCGGGUUGACAGGUAAUGAACCGUUGUCUAUCCUGCCACUGAACUCUUUACCAGAAGAGACAACGGGCAGAGCUCACUUCAAGUUGUGCGACCGGCUGAAACUGGAAAAGAAGCAGCGCAGGAUGUGCAGACGUGACCCGGGCGUGGCGGACACCUUGAGGGAGGCCAUCAUCAUGAGCGCCCUAGAAUGUCAGCAUCAAUUUCGUUUUGAAAGAUGGAACUGCACCUUAGAGGGGCGCCAUCGAGCCAACAUGUUAAAAAGAGGAUUUAAAGAGACGGCCUUCUUGUACGCCAUCUCCUCAGCGGGUCUAACGCAUGCGAUGGCCAAGGCUUGCAGUGCAGGACGCAUGGAGCGCUGCACGUGUGAUGAGGCCCCAGACCUGGAAAACCGCAAGGCCUGGCAGUGGGGAGGCUGUGGAGACAACCUCAAAUAUGCCAACAAGUUUGUUAAGGAUUUCCUGGGCAAACGCUCCAACAAGGACCUGCGCGCACGUGUUGACAUGCACAACACAAAUGUGGGCAUGAAGGUAAUCAAGGCUGGAGUGGAAACCACCUGCAAAUGCCACGGUGUUUCUGGCUCCUGCACUGUCCAGACCUGCUGGAGGCAGCUCCUGCCCUUCCACGAGAUCGGCAAGACGCUGAAGCAGCGCUACGAAACCUCCGUCAAGGUGGGCAGCUCCACCAAUGAGGCCACUGGGGAGGGGGAGAUCUCCACAGGCAGGGGCCAGCAGCAGCACCAGCCCCUGCCCGGUUACGGCGAUCAAAUCCCCCGUACUAUGGACCUGCUCCACAUUGAGGACUCGCCGAGCUUCUGUAAACCAAGCAAAUACUCAUAUGGCACCGCAGCCCGCAAGUGCUACAAGGACAAGAACUGUGACGCUAUCUGUUGCGGCCGCGGCCACAACACGCAAAGUAGGGAGGUGACCGGGCCCUGCCAGUGCCAGGUGCGCUGGUGCUGCUACGUUGAAUGCAAACAGUGCACACAGAGAGAAGAGGUCUACACCUGCAAGGGGUAAAGCACUCACCUGUCCGUCCCCCCUCCAUCAGUGGAGCAGGUUAAAUAUGGUUGUAUUGAAGAUGAGUGGUCAUUUUGUUCCAUGCGAGGUCCGGUUUUCAGCGUCAGAACAGUGUUCUGCAAACAAAAUGAGGAGUGAGCCAAGAAGCAAUAAGCACUUUGAGGGAUUUCUGUGGGUUGGGUUUCAGAGGUCCUGAAGAAUAAAAACUUUCUCAGACAACUGGCUCAACAUCUCACGCUUUUUAUCACAGCAUUGCCUUGAGAAGAAAUGCUUUUACUUUAGUUGUUAUGAAAUCCAUUGGCACCAUUUCACGAAAAAGCAGAACAAAAACUGAUCAUAAUACAAUUGAUGAUGAUACAACACAGAGUAACGCCAGCAGACUGAUUUUUUGGGCUUUGCCCAAAGAGGAAUUUUUGUGUGUGUGUGUGUGUGUGUGUGUGUGUGUGUGUGUGUGUGUGUGUUUGUGUGUGUGUGUGCCCACGUAUGUGUGGCAUGUGAGCAUGUUGUAAAGUGAAAUUGAAGCAGAGUUCGAGUGAUGACAUUUAAUGGUAAUGAAAAUCAUAUUUAGAGACUGUUUUAAAGAAAAAGACAGGGUGUAAGAAUUACUUUACACGCACAUAUUUACACUCUCACACAACGUGUGUUUGCAUAUAUAUGUAAAUAAACUCAGUUAUAUUUUAAUGAUAUUAUAUAAGCCACUUAUCUUACUAUGUAAAAACAAACCACUAACUACACAAAUGUUUUUUUGUUUGUGUGCUAUUGUUCAUUUUCUUCCUGAUUCACAUUGACAAGGCCCUUUGGAAAGAGGCACACUUGCGUCAGAUGUCUUGCUGUGGAUAAUUUAUAGAUCCUAUGGGACUAAUCCUUCACCAGAAGGAAAAAAAUAUGUAUUUUUUUUUCUUUGCAAUAAUAUAAUAUGAAGCUGUUUUUAUUAACAGGAAAUAACUAAACCAGUCAAUUUAGGCUAUUGUUGGCCUUGAGCGAAUCAGUGUUCAGGGAAUGACUUAAACCACUAUAUUUGGAUGAAAUAGUGCAAAUGCAAAGAUUAUCUAAGCUGGAGAUGACAGUGGCCUCAUUGAAGCCAACAUCAGUGCAACAGCCAAAUUUAUGUAACUCCUUGGGGUUUAAAUCUCAGUAGAAUAUCUUUUUUAUACAUUAAAGUUGUAAAGCAUUCUGUGGAGCGCUAGAGGAAAGGAAGUCCCAGCAAGUUAACUUUUUUUUUUUUUUUUUUCCUUUUCUGCUACCAUGAUUUGUUUGAGCCAUGUUGACAUGUAGUCUGUGUGCAGUAAAGUUCAAACUGUAAUGGGGAACCGAGACUGAACUCUAACUUCACCUCUGUGCAGGUUCGCUCAAGUGAAGAUCAAAGCUAAAGACUUGUAUCUAAUAUAAAUGCAUUUUAUAAGACUUGGCAUUUGUGGAAGGGUCCACAAAUCAAUGUCUUAAGUGUACACGUGGACGUUUUGCUGGUGUCUUCAGAGAGUGUUUCUUUUUAUAUGCCAAUUAAUUUGCCUUUUUUAUUUUGUUACCCUGUAGCAAGUGACAAAGUUAACACAGUGCAACGUUAAAACCCCAUCAUGCAAAUUGCAGUGACAGUGACACAUUAUAGGAACCAUUUAGCAUUAUAGGAAAAGUACUUACUCACUUUGUUCAGAGUUGGAAAGAUUGACGUCUCUCUUGCGUCUGUGUGGCGAAUGCAGCACUGUAGCCAGCAGCUGGUUUGCUCUGGCCGCUAUAAAAAACGGGAGGAAAAUAGCUGCGUGGCUUUUGAACAGAUCAGCUGUUAGCAUGUUUAAAGCUCAUUAUUUAGCAUGUUAUAUGCAGAUGUUCACCCCUUUAUCUUGCCACAUCUAGACACUUGUAAGCUUUUUGCAAACAAACAGGCCGCAGUAUGUUAAUGAGUGAAUUUUAAAAGCAUACCUUUGGACAGAGCCAGGCUACAUGUUUUCCCAGUUUGCAGUGUUUUUAAUACUAAGAUACGAUAACUAGCUGCUUAAGUGGAAAGAUUUGAGCGUGAUAUUGAUCUGACCAAACACACUGGAGGGAAGCAAAUGAGUGUAGUUUCACGACUACCAAAUUAUCUCAAUAAGAUGCCAUUACAGUUUUAUAAAGAAUGCCUCUGUAAAUAUAAGCAAUAUAAACACUAACAUUUCAUUCAGCACUUAGCUUAUGGGAACAUUUUUAUAAAUAUACAAAUAUAGAUGUUAUUUGCCAUAUUUUUAAUUGGAGUGAAUUAACUACUGAGGGACCCAGUUUUGUAUUAUAGCCCAUACAUGCACUGAAGCCCCAAAUCCCUUUUAAAAGUAUUUAAAAAUCUGUAUUUAUAGAUACAGUCCAGUCCAGAUUUUUUUUCUCCCAUGUAAAUAGCAACAGUUUACUCUCCUGUGGUACAAAGACAAAAGUGAGGCACAUGUUCAACUCUCACAAGCAUUUAAAACAAACUUGAUCAUAAAUAAAGAGGUUUAAGUACCGGAACAGCAGUGUUACCGAAACAAGGCGGUUGCAGGUUCAGAUCAUCUGCAUGUAAAACUGGCAAAACAUAUGCUUUAAUCUUCAGAAAUAAUACUUAAUCAAAACCACCCCCUUUGACAGCAAAUUCAUGCUUUAGGAAGAGAAUCCAGCUCAGCUUAUUUGUCCUGAGGAGUGAAUUCCAAGCAUUUUGAUAUGAGAUGGCAUGCCAAAUAAAGCGUGGUCAAAAUAUAUACAUAGAACUUUGCACGCUACAUGAAAACCAUAAUAGCUAUGCUGAGACAGAGCAUAAAUGCCUGCUCUCCACAGCUUUUGGUGUGUUUUCGCUGCACACACUCCUCAGUCCAAGCAUAGCGAGGUUCUCUACUCUUGAAUAGAUUUGCAACAGACAUGACAGGAAUACCAAAUACAGAGUGAAUUCAUUUCUGUUUGUUUAUAGCUUGAACGUAAGGCUCUCAAAUUCUCUGGAGAAAGAGGAGCAUGAUGCAGCAACCCGUUGACUUUUAGACGCAACAGUAUCAUCAGAAACAAAACUGCACUGUUUAGUCAGUGGAUCAUGUACACAAUUCUAUUUUGUAGAAAAGAAUGAAAGAUAAAUUAUUUUUAAAUGUAUUAUGAGCACCUGUUCAGUGUAAAUAAAGACACAAAGUCUAAAAUGAUUUUAUAUCCUAUAUUUUCUACUCUACUUUUUUUUUCCCUUCUGGGUGUUUGCUCAUUUUGGGGUGGGGGCUUCAAGAAGCAGCGUAUACCACAAACCUGUUUCAUUUCAUAUCUCAGCAUUGUCAUCUAAGCACUAACAAAUCCUAACAAAAUUAAAAUCAACUUACCUAUAGCUGUUUUAUUUUCAGUUUUUUUUUAAGUACUCAGAAAAUGACAGUCAAGAAUAUGUUUAUAGGAUUGAAUCUGUUUAUAUUAUAAUCAACUAUUUUGUAAAAGACUUUUGACUAUAUUGCUGGCUAUCACCUUAUGCAGUAUCCUGCAGUGUGACCUAGUGACUGCAUUUAAACUCACCUUUGGGUCACGCUACAUGUACAUGUGCCUUCUGUUAGGAUUUGUGCUGUGCUUGUACAACAAAGAUAAAACACGCCACCAUUGUAAUGCCCUUUGUGAUAAUAUUACACCACCAGAGCUAUGUCCAUGUUCACUUAUUCAUGUCUUAUGGGAACUCUAAAUUAUUUUCCUCUACCUCAUGUGUAUAGCUUGUAGGUAUAAACAGAUCAGAAAUGACUGGUAAGAAUGUAUUUAAGUUAUUUAACAUCUUUGUAUAACAAAGGCGAAAAAAAUCUGAG